AUGCCGAAUUCAACACCUGAGGAAACGAGGCCCGAAGAGGGAAGUUUGAUGUCAGAGGUGAUAACAACCCAGGCGACGACAAAUCCGAUUACGCCUUCCGUAAUAGCCACCGAUCCUGGCAGUCAUUCCCAGGCAAAUAUAUUGCUCUCGGCCGGAAAUGAAACCAGCGGUUCUACCCAAUCCGUGAAAGAAACGGAAAGGCCUGCCAGAGGCUCAUCUCGCAUCCCCACAAAUGAGCAGAUAGCCCUAACGGAAGAGCUUAACCUAGUGAAUUCCACUGAAAAACUACAUUCUGUUCACCACAAAGUGGAAAUUUUCUUGUGUAGGUUAAUAAACAACACUCGAGCUCACCAAACAAGCAGGCCACAAGCUACUAGGAAUGAAAACCAGAUUGCGCCUGCAGAUAAGAUCAAAGAAGCUACAAGAAUACAAAAGCUAUACCGAAAGAACCGCAAAAGAGCUAUGCAACAAGUACUCACGGGGUCCGCCAAAGUAUGUAGUAUUGAAAAAACACAAGUCCACGAGUAUUUCGCAACUCUUGCCGCACCGAGACAUGGUGAAUCAACUUGGACGGAUGUCUUCAAUCAAGAAGAAGAUCUGACAGCACUGGCGAAGAACUUACGGCCUCGAUUCGAAGAGAAGAAGUACUGGAGAUUCUCAAGAAAAGAACCAAUACAGCACCAGAUUCCGUCGCAUACUAUGACACCGGCGAGAGGCGCGAGUUGCGACAAGACCUUACUUCAUAGGAUCAUUUCUAUAGUAAGCUCUUCACGAGAUCCACACACCAGGUGUGAUCGUGCAAGCCGCGAGGAUGAGACGUGGCGCGGCGCCCUGAGCGUGAGGCGGGCGCGGCUUCGGCCGACAGCCCUCGAUGAUCGUUCACUCUCCGCCUCGGCGGGGAGCGUGGGGCAUCGUCGCUGUCUGAGCGGU